AUGCGUUGGUUGUUUAUAGUGCUAUUGUGUAUGGAAUAUGCAGCUAGCAGGCUAUUUCGAAAAGGAGUGGUGCAUUAUGCAAUUAACAAAAAAGAUUAUGACAUACACUCUCAAGACGAGAUAAUAUCAACACUGUCUCAACUCCGGGACGAGAUAUGCGUUAAAUUCUUCUACACACCUGUCAACUACAACACUAAUGAGAAUGACAGAAUUCUGUACAUAAAUAACCCUGAAAAGAAAAAGGAUUGCCCGCCAAGUAUCUACAACUUCAGCGCCAGUGUUAUUGAUAUGCCUCUAGGCUACAAAUGCCUGAACAAAAAGGACAUUACAAGGGUUAUAGUGGAUAUGCUUCGGGCGAGCAUCGAGCAAAAUGUGUCGGCUAUAAACAGCUACGAUUUAAUCCUGAAAUUUCAUGAACGGGAUCACGAUCCCUCCAGGCCCACGCUCCUCUCUCCCUCCGAUAGGAACUUCAUCAACGCCCACUACCACGAGGAAUGUAGUGCUCUUGCACAACGAUCAAUUGCGUCAAGAAGACAAGGCUCAGACCCACUCCAGUUGAGCCCUGCCAAUAAGGAGUACUACAGUGAUAAGCUCUGGCCCUUGGGCAUCGUCAUGUUUGAAAUAGAAGAAAAGUUGAAAAAAAACAUAGAAUACGGCAUCCUGAAGUACGCGAUGACAGUCAUCGAGUCGUCAAGCUGUGUGGUCUUUCACGAGUUUCAGACAGACAGUAUUCUAAAACCUAAGAACUACCUCUUUUUCACCAGCUUCGGGGAAGAGAUGCCGCGAAUUGGAUUUGUUAAUGGAAUGCAGACCAUAAGCCUGGAGUCUAUGGUACGCGGAUCUCGGGGCCACAACGCGCACGUAUUAGUUAACCUGAUGCGGACUCUUGGAGUGCACAUGAUGUCAAAUCGCUUUGACAGGGAUAAAUACAUUGCAGUGAACUGGGAUAGGAUUGAGAAAGGUAAAGAACAUUAUUUCGAAAAAGCUCCAGCUGAGGCGUGGGUGCAAAUGCCGUAUGAUUUCAACAGUGUGACUCACGCACCGGCCUUCUACAUGUGUGGAGAGUGUGACCCGAGAUAUCAGACUGUUACACCGUUACGGGAUCACCUGUGGGCAAAAACUCUCUUGAUGGGUCGUAAUACCGAGCUCAGUGAUUCCGACAUUAGAAUGCUCGACUUGCUGUACAACAAUCAGUGUCGAGCACGUAAUGAUUUGAUUUCCAAUGACUAUAAUGUUGAUGCAGAUAACAAUCCGACGUUAACAAAAGAUGAGGAAUGA